AUUAUUGAUCUGUAAUGUCUUGCUUUUUUUAUUUACCCUGAGCCGUGAACAUGAUCAUGAACCCUUUCCUUUCUCUCUUCCCCCUUGUACUCACUCACACUCCGUAAAGGAAACAAAACACUUUCUCUCUCUCUCUCUCAAUCAAUCAAAUUAUCCUUCUCUUUUCGCAUCUCUCGUUUCAUGAAUCCCAUUUCUACUUUCUACUUUCGUUAAGUCUCAAUCAAUCAAUAAUCUAAAGAAUAAGAUUAUUUUCCUAUUUUACGAAAUACCCCGAUUCACAUUCACAUACGGAGUACAUUCACAUACGAAGUACACUCACACACACUCAGUACACUCACACACACUCACACACACUCACACUCACACUCACACUCACACACUUCCAUUAACACUCUCCCUCAAACUCAUACCAAAAAUCAAAGUUUGAGACCAUUCAUCUAUUUGUGACAAAUUCACUCACUCACUUCCUUCACCAAGUCGUCAUCCGAUCGAUCACUAACAAACCUUCGGAUACGAACAAAACAAAUACAUUGCACUGAAACUGAACACACGACUUUCCCUUCUCGAUCUUUUCAAGCAAAGGUCUUUCGUUUUCUAUUGCCUGGGAAUAACGAUCGAUUAUCUUUAACUAUGUAUUCCCGGUCAUUAAAGUUAUUGUCAAUAUUGGCAAUAAUACUCGCCAUCACUCAAGCCAGUUGGAUUGAUCGUGGUAUCUUUAUUAGACAAACAGAUGUGAUUUCUGCUGCCUUGGGUACAGCGGCAGCUGGAGCAGGAGGAAGUAGUGCUGCCACAACUACUGCAGGGAGCGCCGCAGAUUCAGAUACUACAACCGCUGCAGCAGCAGCAACAACAUCAAAAUCUACGACAUCAACGACGUCAGCACCAACUAGCAAAGAGACUCAAGCUACUCCUACAUCAACCACCCCGACUCCAACUUCAACCACACCCUUAGCACCUACAACCUCAUCAACGAAGACUUCAGCAUCAACUCCAGUAAUCGUUCCUGAGUCAUCAUCAUCAUCAUCUACAACCACAGCAGAUCAAACAACUGCUGCUGAAACUACCAAAGAUGAUCAAACAACUAAAACGACUGCUACCCAAACAUCUAGCAGCAGUACCAAAACCACCAAGACUAGCAAAACUACUACGUCCGAAACAACAACCUCUCAAUCAACCUCCUAUUCUCGCAUCACCGUCACACCCCCAGCCACCCCCGUCGUCGUAACCGUCGUCACAACCGCAAGCGGAAGUACAUUCACCUCACAAUACACCACAUCCUCCACCCCCUCCGCCUACGCCACCACAACCGCCAUUCUCACACCCGUCUCAUCAUCAUCCUCCCAAUCUAUGUCCACUAAGACACGCAACACAAUUAUAGGAGUAGUAGUAGGAAUCGGAGGAGCAAUCCUCCUCGGAGGUUUAUUCAUCGUAGCGUGGAGAGUCUGGGGUCGAACUAAGAAGGAAGAUGAGAAUGAUGGCUUGAUGGGUGGUUAUGAUCCGGUUUCCGCGGGUCAUGAAAUUAAGAAUGAGGGUGGUGCUGUGCCGAAUCCGUUUCAGACGACCUUGGAGAAUUAUCAUCAGCCGGGUAGGGGGAAUGUUUCGGCGAAUUUUUAGGAUAGAUGGAGGGGAGAAGGGGAGAAAGGAGGGAAGGGAGGGUUAUUUUGGUAGUGGGAGAGGGGUGGGCUUGGGGGGAGGGGUUUUGUAUACACACACAUACAUAUAUAUCAGAUGAAUAGGAUUAGUAUAUUGCGUUUUACAUUGUAUCGUAUAAUGACAGGAAAUAGUGAUAGGAGAUGAUUAUAUAGACACUGAAGGAAUUAAUUAUAUUUAAAAGUCAAUAGGUUAAUAUAUAAAAUAAAAUAAAAAAGAGUUUUAAUUUUUAUUCUUUUAUUUCUUUUUUAAAU